AUGGAGCAAUUAGUUUUAGAUAUGUUAAGGGAUGGAAUUAUCCAGCCUAUUACCAGUCCCUUUUCAUCACCCGUGUUAUUAGUUCGCAAGAAAGCCGGCUUUUGGCAUUUUUGUGUCGAUUAUCGAGCUCUCAAUGCCAUCACUGUGCGAGAUAGGUUUUCAAUUCCUUUUAUUAAUGAGCUAUUUGAUGAACUGUAUGGGGCUCAAUUUUUCUCCAAGUUGGACUUACUGUCUGGCUAUCAUCAGAUCAGAUGGGCUGAACCAAAGACAGUGAAGGAGGUACGCAGUUUUUUGGGCCUCGUCGGUUCCACCCCUGUCUUAGCCUUGCCCAACUUUGAUGAUGAUUUUCACGUGGAAACUGAUGCUUCCGGUAUUGGUAUUGGCACUAUUCUUUCACAGAAGGGACAUCCGACUGCUUACUAUAGUCAGAAGUUAAGCCCUCAAAUGCAAAAGGCUUCCACUUACCAUCGUAAGAUGUAUGCAAUUACUCAAGCCGUGGUAACUCAAACACCGGAGCAACAAAAGUGGCUUGGAAAGCUGGUGGGAUAUGAUUUCACGAUACGUUACCGCUCGGGAAGGCAGAACAAGGCCGCUGAUGCCUUGUCCAGACCACCUGAUGCUGGAGUGUUGUUUGCUAUUUCAGAACUCACUUAUGAGUGGCUUGGGGAACUGUUAGAAGUGAAUAAAUGCCAUCCAGAAUUGUUGUCCGUUCAACAGGGGUUGGGGAGCGAACCUGCUGCAUACGCUGACUAUACUUUUCGCAAAGGGCUCCUCUUCUACAAAGGAAGUCUGGGGGCCAUGCUGGAGUCGCUUGUACUUUUCAUCGUUUGGCCUCGAAUUUUUAUUGGCCUGCAAUGCGUAAUGAUGUUAAGGUUUACAUUGCUUCGUGCCAGACUUGUUAGCAUUCUAAGGACAUUAAUCGAUUGCCAGCAG